AUGGAGCUCCAUAAUACUAUAUUAUUAAACUGGAAUGCUAACGGUCUUAAAAAUCAAAGAAAUACAUUACUAGCUUUUCUUAAUCAUCACAACAUACAUAUCGCAUGCAUUACUGAAACGCAUUUGUCGCAUACAGAUAAAAUUAAAUUCCCUGGUUACAAAAUUUACCGCGCUGAUCGUAUUACACAAUCUCGCGCCAUGGGCGGAGUGGCUAUUCUAGUACGGAACCAAAUCAAACAACAACAAUUGCCUACACUCGUUCUGUCGUACCUAGAAGCCGUAGCAGUUUCCAUUAACAUAAACAAUAAGUAUAUAACGUUCGUCAGUGCGUAUCAACCUCCUAGUCGCCAAAUGCUUAUCGCAGACUAUGAAAUAAUCAUGAACUUAGAUAACUCAGUUAUAAUUGCGGGCGAUUUAAAUUCUAAACACAUUAACUGGGGAUGCCGUGUUACAAAUCCAAAUGGCUCUAAAUUACAAGCAUUCAUAGGAAACACACCUUUUACAAUAUCAGCUCCAAAUACACCUACCUACUUCCCAACAGAUUUAAACCGUUUGCCCGACAUAUUAGACAUUUUAAUAAUUAAAUCUGUCCCAUUUGUAUGCGUGCACGAACCUCUCAUCGAACUCGACUCGGAUCACAUACCUGUUAAAAUAACGAUUAACUCACCCUCUCUUUUUCGCUGUACAAAUAACUCAUUAAUUAAAGGAAAACCAGACUGGAUUAGAUUCUCUAACCAUGUACAAUCUAAUCUGAAAAUACCAACAUGUGUACCUACCAUUCAAAUAGCAGAACAAACAGCUGAUCAUCUGAGGGGCGUCAUAAUAGAAGCCGCUCAGUCCUGUUCUAACUCCGUACCGCAAAAUAUACACAGUCCUGGCAUCCUACCACACUCCAUAUCUUCACUUAUUCGUCGUAAACAUUUAGCCAGGCGCACCUGGCAAAACCAUAGGAACCCUGCAGAUAAAAAAAUACUAAACCUACUCACCAAAGAAGUCCAAGCAGCUUUACAAAAUUACCGUGUAGCCUCAUACAAUAGUUACCUGUCUAACAUGCGACCGGGUGAAUCAAAUUUGUGGAAAGCAACAAAAAGGCUACUAAACCAAGCUACCAACACCAUUCCCCCUCUUCGCACUGAUGCAAAACUUGUUAUAUCCGAUCAAGAAAAAUGUGAUGUUUUUUCAAACAUGCUGUACAAUACCUUUUCUCCCAACCAUAUCUGUAAUCCAAGCAAUGACCUAAGAGUAAAACACACCUUAGAACUACCAAAUUAUGAAGUCCAAAAUUCCAUAAAUUACGUAACGCCAAAUGAAAUCAAACAAAUUAUUAAUAAUCUCCCGAUCAAAAAAUCACCGGGUCACGACAAAAUUACAAACCUUAUGCUAAAAAAAUUACCACCGAAAGGACUAGUGUUUUGUGUUUAUGACCACAUUAUUUAA